UUUGUUGAUAUUUUUGAAUGCGUUAUGCAUUUUUAUAUGUUGAAAGUUAUUUCUGGUUAUGGAAUUAUUUCAAAUUUUAUGAUUAUGUUUCUAGACAAAAAUAGUACUAAAUUAAGAUAACAUUUUUCAGCAAUAUAUGAAAUUACUGAAGUUAAGCUGAAAUGGAAACUCUCAAUCCGCCGAACUUUGAAGACGAUGAUUUAUAUUCUGGUUAUAACGAAUAUCAUCCGGGCUUGGAUACAGCCGCAAUCCAUGAAGAUGAAGCUUUCCAACAAGCUGUACGUACCAGUUAUGGCAAGAGACCAGUGCCUACUGUAAAAGUUCCAGGAACAUCACGUUUAAGUACUUCACGUGGUGGUACAACAGGAUGGGGUCGUUCAGCUAUGCCAUCAUCUUCUGGGCUGUCUUCAAGCUCUCAGGAGGGUCUAACCCGACCCAUGACUGCUGUUCGAGGAGCAGGAUUUACCUCAUCUGGUUCCAGAGCACCUUCAGGAAUCUUUGACCCCCUGAAUCAAGCUAAAUCCACAGUAUCUCCUCUUCUGAUGAAAGAUGAGAAUAGUCCUGAAGAAAGACUAAAGCAACUUGAAAAGAAAGUCUUAGAACUGCUAGAAGAAAGCUGCAUUGCUGCCCAAUCAGGAGAAAUAAAACUCGCUUUAGACAAAGCUAAAGAAGCUGCCAGUAAAGAAAGAGCUCUGACUAGGCAGAGAGAUCAGCUUGCUUUAGAAAUCACACCAAAUAUGGAUCUUACCUUUUCAGUGUUGCUAAAUUUGGCUACUCAAUAUGGAAAUAAUGAAAUGUAUGGUGAAGCUAUGAAUACAUAUCAAAUAAUUAUCAAAAACCGAUCCUUUAGUAAUGCAGGUCGUUUAAAAACAAAUAUGGGUAAUCUUUGCUUCAAUCAAGGAAAUUAUCCCAAAGCUAUUAAAUUUUAUAGAAUGGCAUUAGACCAAGUUCCCAACACCCAUAGAGACAUGAGGAUAAAAAUUAUGAAAAAUAUUGGCUUAGCCUUUGUGAAACUUGGACAGUAUACUGAUGCUAUAACAUCGUAUGAGUAUAUAAUGGCUGAGAAAGCUGACUUCAGAACUGCAUUGCAUCUCCUUCUUUGUCAUCAUGCACUUGGUGAUAAAGAAAAGAUGAAAAGAAGUUUUACUAAAUUGUUAGAUAUUGUCCUGGAUCAUGUUGAAGAUGAAGAUAAAUAUUCUAUAUCAGCAGAUGAUCCACAAACAAAUUUGAUUGUGGAAGCUAUAAAAAAUGAUUCACUUCGAAAAAUUGAGCGACAAAGAAAACAAGAAGCUGAAUGGACAAUUCUCACUGCAGCAAAAUUAAUAGCUCCUGUUAUAACUGACUCUUUUGCUGCUGGAUAUGAAUGGUGUGUUGAUCAGAUAAAGCUCUCUCCUUAUGCUGAAUUGGCAAAUGAUCUUGAAAUCAAUAAAGCUGUUACAUAUUUAAGGAAAAGAGAAUUCAGUCAGGCAAUUGAAACACUAAAAGGUUUUGAAAGAAAAGAAACCAAAGUUGCAAGUACUGCUGCCACAAAUUUAGCCUUUUUAUAUUACUUGCAAGGCGAUAUUCCACAAGCUGAAAAAUGUGCAGACCAAGCUGUGAUUGCUGAUAGAUAUAAUGCAGGAGCUUUAGUUAACAAAGGAAAUUGCUGCCUUUCCAAAGGAGAAACUGAAAAGGCAAUAGAAUUUUAUAAAGAAGCUCUUUCAAAUGAAGCAAGUUGUGUUGAAGCCUUGUAUAAUUUAGGUUUGUUUUACAAAAAGCUUAAUAAUGCCGAAGAUGCCUUAGAAUCAUUUUACAAACUUCAUGGUAUUGUGCGGAAUCAUCCUCUUGUGAUUUAUCAGAUAGCAAGUUUAUAUGAGCAGCUAGAAGAUGUUGACCAAGCUUUAGAAUGGUAUCAGCAAGUUAUCACAUUAGUGCCUACUGAUCCAUUUCUUCUUUCAAAAAUUGGAGAUAUGUUUGAAUCUGAAGGGGACAAGCAACAAGCGUUUCAGUAUCAUUCAGAUUCUUACAGAUAUUUUCCAUCAAAUAUGGAAAUCAUUCAAAAGUUGGGUUCUUACUAUAUUGAAUCACAAAUGUUUGAAGAAGCAAUAAAGUUUUUUGAAAGAGCAGCCAUUAUUCAACCUAAUCAGGUGAAAUGGAAACUUAUGGUUGCAGCAUGUCAAAGACGCAGUGGAAAUUAUCAACAAGCACUUGAAGAAUACAAAUCUAUUCAUCGCAAGUUUCCUGAUGAUGUUGAAUGCCUUAGAUUUCUGGUCCGUUUGUGUACCGAUUUGGGUUUGAAGGAAGCUGCUGAAUAUUCUAAUAAAUUAAAGAAAGCAGAAAAAGCGAAAGAAGUUAAAACGCAGCGAACAGCAAGUAGUGGCAGUCGACCAGGAAGUCGAAGAAGUAGUAGUCGUGCAUCGAGGGAUGGAUCUGCCAGCAGUUUGAGCAAUGCAAGCCUCCCUCUUGGAAGUCCACGGCAAACGCAUUCUGGUCAUUCUCUAACACCAUCAGCUAAAUCCUUGAGUAACGCUCAAAAAAUUUUAGAAGCUGAUGAAUUUAUUCCUACCGAAGACCGGCAUGAUAUAAAUUUCCGUGACACAUCAGCUUCAAGACUAGGCCGUCCAAAAACUGCAGGUGGAAAUAAAGAUGAUUUCGAAGACGACGAUAUAGGAACUGAUCUUUUACCUGAUUAAUCCACAUUGUAAGUGGAUGUGUAUUGAGUAAAUAUUGUACAUAUUUUAUUAUUAUUUUUACACUGAGUGUUUUACUAGUCACACAUGCUAUGCCUUAUAUUAAAUGAGCUUUGAUUGUUAUGUUUUUGUUAACUGUUGAAUAUAUCACCUGUCAACUCAUGAAUUACAAUAUUUUAAAACAGAAUAGUAUAUGUAUAUCGAUUCAUUAUCAUUCAGUUCUUUUUUACACAGAUGGGAGAUGAACUAUAAAUACCCUAUAUAUGUAUUUAAA